GGGCCCCUCCCCCUUCAGAAUGAACAGAGCUGAGGCUUGGCAGGUUGAUGCAGGGCACUGUUGCCCAGGUGGGUUUGAAGCCAGCCACCCUGGCAGUGGGGCUGGGCUCUGCUUGCUGCUGGCCACUGGCAGCCCUGCGGACAGUUGCCCACUGGAAAACUCUCAGGAAAACAAAAGACUUCACGUUAAUAAUUGACUUUUGUCCUGGCAAAGACAGCCGCCUUUCUCACUGCCCACUCUUGUGUCUGAUGUACAGAAGUUUUACAGGCCCAACAUUUCUCUUUGGCUUUGUCUUAAUCCAAGAAAAAAGGUUCAGCAGCUUACUGGGCUGCUGUUACAAACCUUCACAGCUCUUUUUGCACAGUUGAAUCUUAACUGGCUCUUGAAGAAGAAGAUGAUGAUAUUGGAUUUAUACCCUGCCCUCCACUCUGAAUCUCAGAGCAGCUCACAAUCUCCUUUAUCUUUCUCCCCCACAACAGACACCCUGUGAGGUGGGUGGGGCUGAGAGAGCUCUCCCGGAAGCUGCCCUUUCUAGGACAACUCCUACAAGAGCCAUGGCUGACCCAAGGCCAUUCCAGUAGCUGCAAAUGGAGAGUGGGGAAUCAAACCUGUUUCUUCCAGAUAAGAGUCCACACGCUUAACCACUACACCAAACUGGCUCUCUUGGCUCCCAGCGUCAUGCAAAGGGGAGGCAGAGUUUGAAAAGAAAGCUGGAAGUGACUGAUUGUUUCUCCUUGGCAGGCGUGCAGUUCCAAUACAUUGUGGUGGAAAAGAAGGGAGCCAAACAGAACGUGGGGGUGAUCCAGCUGAACCGUCCCAAGGCCUUGAAUGCGCUCUGCGAUGGCCUGAUGAAUGAAAUCAACCAGGCCCUGAACUCCCUGGAGCAGGACCCUGGCGUGGGGGCCAUCGUCCUCACGGGCAGCGAGAAGGCCUUCGCAGCUGGAGCAGAUAUCAAGGAGAUGCAGGACAGGACCUUCCAAGAGUGCUACAGCGGGAACUUCCUGGCUCACUGGAACAAAGUCUCCACCACCAAGAAGCCGGUCAUAGCCGCUGUUAAUGGAUAUGCUCUUGGUGGUGGCUGUGAGCUGGCCAUGAUGUGCGACAUCAUUUAUGCAGGAGAAAAAGCACAGUUUGGGCAACCAGAAAUCCUUCUGGGAACCAUUCCAGGCGCUGGUGGAACCCAGAGGCUGACCAGGGCGGUGGGCAAGUCGCUGGCUAUGGAGAUGAUCCUCACCGGGGAGCGAAUCUCUGCUCAAGAGGCCAAGCAGGCAGGCCUCGUCAGUAAAGUCUGCCCCACGGAUAAGCUGCUAGACGAAGCCAUCAGCUGUGCAGAAAAAAUUGCAGGGAACUCCAAGCUGGUGGUCGCAAUGGCCAAAGAAGCCGUGAAUGCAGCCUUCGAGACGACACUAGCCGAGGGGAAUAAGAGGGAGAAGAUCCUCUUCCAUGCUACAUUUGCCACAGAUGACCGGAAGGAGGGGAUGAGUGCCUUUGUGGAGAAGAGAAAGGCCAACUUCACAGACCACUGACCCUGUUCGGCAGAAGGAAGGCCGGCUGCAGAGGGGGCUGCUGGGAAGACGUGGGGCUGGCUGGCAACUGGUGCUCUUCACUGAGAUCGUGGCUCACUCUCCUAGCACCUCUGGCCUCUUCCAGGCCCCACAGGAGGAGCCAGCCUGCAGACCCUGCCCUCCAAGGGCUGCCUUAAACUUGCUGGGAAACGGAUGUGUUCUCCUGAGAUCAAGAGAGGAGAUGUGGCAGAUCCGUCGCCUGUAACCCCAAUGAUCUGCUUCAUCAGUAAGGAAAGAAUUGGCAAAAAUGAUUGUCCUUCGUUGCCAUUAAAUCAGCUUUCCAGGAAUGGCCUUAUCUGAA